UCGUAUUUUUGCGUAUAACAACUGCGGCCACACUGCUUGUCGCGUUGUCACAAAAGAAAAAGGAAGAAAGUCGAGAAAAUUUUGUUUUUUCCUUGACUUAAGCAACGCACUGGAGCCCCGAGUCCCAGACAACCGAAACCCCCAAAAAAAGAGCACACUGAAUAUGUCCAAGAAGGAGGAAAAGUCGCAGCCCGGCGAGGAGCUCGUGAAGGUGAACAAGUGGGAUGGCUCUGCCGUGAAGCAUGCCCUCGAUGAUGCGGUGAAGACCUGCCUUCUGGGCGACCGUCCGCAGCUGAAGGAGCAAUUCGGCUUGGUCAACACUCGUCUGGCCCUCUGCGCCCUGGCGGUGGGUGUGGCUAUUAUGGCCCAUGCCUGGGAUUUUACCCAUCCAUUCCCGGAAUCGCGUCCCGUCCUCCUGUUCAGUGUCCUGGCCUACUUUGCUCUCAUGGGCGUGCUGACGCUGCAUUCCAGCUUCCGUGAGAAGGGCACCUUUGCCGUGGCAGUGCAAAAGGAUAAGGAGCGUGAACGACUGUGGGAGGCCAGCUCUGAUAUGCGCAAGUACGACGACAAGUACCUGCUCACCCUGAGCGUGCGGGACUCGCGCAAUGGCAGCAAACGACGUGAACAGACCAGCAACAAAUCCUGCGCUGCCUACAUCGAUCAGAAUGGCAUCGUGCUGGACACCCAGGUGGCCAAUGAGGUAAACCGCCUGUUCAACUCCUUAGCCGCCGAAAAGAAGGAUAAGUAGCUGGUGCUACUGGCGGAGGAUGUCUGAGCGGCGAAGUUCAUUCUCUUCUUUUUUUUUCUCUUUGAAUAAAACCAAAAUCCUACUUUAA